AUGAAUACCGACAAUCUUGGCGUUAGCGGAGCAGGUCUUGGUGUCAGCAAUGAUCCUUAUGGCCAUCAUCACUUAACUCAUCCUCAUCUUCUUCCACCUCAUCAUUCGCAACAUCCAUCAGCUAUAUAUUGUUCUUCUUCCAAUCCAUACUCCGAAUUAUUUUCUCCAUUUCCCACCGAUUUCAUCACACCACAUGAUACCGGUCCCAAUGCCGGUGUACCUGCUGAUUAUUUAGCUUUACAAAAUUCACUUGACUAUGUUGUUUCACAACAUCAUCACCAUCAUCACCAACAGCAGCAACAUCUCCAUCCGAUGACAUCAGCAUCAAAUGGAGAACGUACGCCAUCAUCUGUUGGCACAGGUAUUAACGGUUCGGAUUCUUCUCCGUCGCAUUCAUUUGCGACAAGUAGUGGUUAUUCAUCAGCGGCUGACUAUUACAAUACAUCAGUACUGAACUCAAAAUCAGGUCACAACAAUACGAACGCAUCCAACACUAACAAUUCAACUAAUAGCAAUAAUACGCCAACAACAAAUACAAGUAGUCAUAGUCCAUAUGAUGGAACAUCAACAGCGAGUACAUCAUCGCCACCACAAUCAACCGGAUAUAUAUCGGCAACGGUGAAACAAGAAACAAUGAUGCCGGGUCAAUUUGCCAUCGAUCCGCAUAGUAAUUAUGGAAACAUUAAUGGAUCGUCAUCGUUGACCAAUGUUGGAUCAACAAACAAUUCGAAUAAUCCCAAUUUUGGUCUGGGUGGUGUUGACGAUUACGGUUCAUCAUUGUAUCAUUCAUCUGCUGCAAACGGUUAUCCAUCUUAUUCAUCAACAGGCCUUCUACAAACGACCUACCCUGUCGGACAUUAUGGUGUUUCUCAUCCUGAUCAUAUGCGAUUGUAUAGUUCACAAUUAAAACAUGAUUUUGGUAUUGACAUGCGUUUUAAAUUAGUUGGUAACCAACGUGUCUCACCAAAUGCGGAAAUCUCUCCAUCGCAGUUAUGCGCUGUGUGUCAAGAUUCAGCACAAUGUCAGCAUUACGGUGUUCGAACUUGUGAAGGAUGUAAAGGAUUCUUCAAACGAACAGUACAAAAGAAUGCUAAAUAUGUAUGUUUGGCAGAUAAGAAUUGUCCUGUAGAUAAACGCCGACGAAAUCGCUGUCAAUAUUGUCGCUAUCAAACAUGUCUUGCUGUCGGAAUGGAUAAAGAAGUUGUUCGAACGGACGCAUUGAAAGGACGUCGUGGUCGUCUACCAUCGAAACCCAAAAGUCCGAGCACACGUCAACCAAAUAGCUUUCAAACUCAAUUCUGUCGUUUCUAUAAUGAUUCCAUACCAAAUCCGGCCAAUCAUGAUUUUAGCAAAUUGAAUUAUCGAACAGUGUCAAACAAGGAAAGUGUAUGCGAAGAAAAACUACUUGUUUAUGAUGCUUUAACACGUUCGUGCGAUAUUAUUAAACAAUGGGUUGAUAAAUUUUCACUAUUUUAUUCCAUUCAAAACAAUGAACGUGAUCGCUUAUUCUCAAAUUGUCUAUUGGAGCAAGUUGUAUUACGUACAGCCAUACGUGUCGAUGGCGAUCGUGUUGUUUUAUGUUCUGGUAUUGUGGUACAUAAAGUACAGCUAAAUUAUUUACUUGGUGAUGUUGCACAACUCAUCUAUGAUUUUGGAUCAACGCUGAAAAGUCAUAAGAUCGACUCGAUUCUAGCGGCGACACUCUCAUCGAUUUUGCUAUUGGAUUCAAAUAAUUCAGGUACGGACUUUCAAUUGGAAUUCUUAAAGAAAGAUCCUAUCCGUUUAGACUAUGUUUAUCAUCGAACACCAUUGUCAUCAACGGUGACAGAGCUGUACCAAAAAAUCGUUGAUUCAUUGAAAGACUAUCUAAAGCAACAGCACGAAGAUAGUUCAGUUUAUUUGCAACUAUUAGAUCGAUUGAAUGAAGCUCGGCGUAUCGCACAUCUUCUACGAAAACGUUUAUCACUUUAUCGACACACAUCCGGAUUAACUAAUUCGAUGAAUACACUACUCGAUCUUGUAUUGGAAUGUAAACCGAUUUCGAAUGAUCUACCAUCGAAUGAAGAAAAUUCAUCGUUACCAUUCGUUCAAUACGAUAUUUGA